UAACGUUCCGCAGUGCGUUCGACGCCCCACAGACUACAUACUAUUUGGGUUAGCCCUAACCAAACUUUCCUGAUAUAGGAAAAUUCCCUCAAUAUUACAAAUAAAAAUUAAUUGCUUUCGUUCACACAGUCGAAGUUUAUCCGAGCCUGCCAUGUCCAAGCUAUUUUGAGUGUUUUAAUUCCACGCUAGAUUAAAAUUUUCGACCGGCGACAGAAUCCGGCGGUUGCGUUGUUCAGUGGCGAUGUCGUUUCCGUCAAAAGAGCAAAGGGCGCAGUGCUGGGGGUCCAGAGACAAGUAUUGGGAAUGUCUGGAUAGUGAACAAAAGCCGGAGCCUCAAUGCAAGGAGUACCGGAAGCUGUUUGAGUCCAGCUGCUCGGCGCAAUGGGUGAAACACUUUGAUAGGAAACGAAACUACUUGCGUUACAAGGAGAAGAUUGAGAAAGAUGGGUAUGAACCGUUAGACGAAAAGUCCAAUUCAUAGAAUUAGACAUAGUUCAGGAUAUCCGAUCAAAGCAUAAGUUUAGCCCUUAAAAAAACCACUUGAACCUGAACUAUGCCUGAUAAUUAUGCAGCAAAUGACUGACUGUAGUAGUACAAUAAUGCAAAUAAAUUUGAGUUUGAAAU